UUAAAAAAAAAAUUAAAAACAUAUACAUAUUAUAAUUAAAACUUAUGAUAAUUUUCUUUAUUUCAACAUUUAUAUAAAUAAAAUAUAAUAAUUAGAAAAACACCGAAAAAUAUAUGGUUAAAUACGUAUUAUGUUCUCGACAUGUUGGAAUAAAAGUGCGUAAUGGCUCUGCGUCAAUCGUGGAUAGCGAAAUAUUAAGAUUGAUAUUCAUAACCUAAAAAACGCGUUCGAGUGUACAUGUUUAUACAUUUUAAUUCUUUAACUUCGAUGUAUGUUUUUUUUUUUUAUAUAAAAUGUAAUAUUAUUUAUUAAGAAGAUAAUGUCAUCUUCAGUUAACAUAACGGAAAUAACAGAAGCAAAAACUUGGAAAGAAUAUAAUCGAUUGCAGAAGGAACAGAGAAAGCAAUGGAAAGAGGAGAGGUUAAUAAAGAAGUUGAAGAAAGAAGAGAAGAAAAAUAACAUUGAAAAUGAGACGAAAAAGGAAGAGAGCGAAGCAAAAAUUAAAAAAAGAAAUACUUCUACAAUAACCAUCGCGAUACCUGGCUCGAUUUUAGACAAUGCACAAUCUGCAGAAUUGAGAACGUAUCUUGCAGGACAAAUAGCACGUGCCGCAUGUAUUUACAAAGUAGAUGAAAUUGUCGUUUUCGAUGACAAGGGUGUUAUAACUGAAAGCGAAAAGAAAAAAGUGAGAACAGACGAAGUUUUAGGUGAAGGGAGAAUUUGUUGCUUACAGUUAGUUAGAAUAUUACAAUAUUUAGAGUGUCCGCAAUAUCUUAGAAAACAUUUCUUUCCUAUUCACAAGGAUUUACAAUAUGCGGGUGUAUUGAAUCCUUUGGAUGCUCCUCAUCAUCUCAGACAACAAGAUGUAUCUCUUUAUCGUGAGGGUGUAGUUAGUAAUAAACCAGUAAAAACUGGGAAGGGUUCUCAAGUGAACGUAGGUCUUCUUAAUGAGAUUAGAGUGGACAAAGAAUUAAUGCCUGGCUUAAGGGUAACUGUAAAAAUACCACCAAAUCAAGAAAAUCCAAAGAAAAUGAAAGGAAUUAUAGUACCUCCAACAGAGCCAAGAUCAGAGACAGGAAUAUAUUGGGGAUAUAGCGUGAAAUUAGCUAAAAAUCUUUCAGAGGUGUUUAAAAAAUGUUCUUAUAAGGAAGGAUACGACUUGACUAUUGGUACUUCGGAUAAAGGAACAUCCAUUGACGAUAUAUCACCAAAAAGUUUGAAAUAUGAUCAUGCUUUGAUAGUUUUUGGUGGUUUAUCAGGAUUAGAAGCUGCACUGGAAGUUGAUUCAGAUUUGCCAGAUGAAGAUCCAUCAUCUGUUUUUCAUAAAUAUUUAAAUAUAUGUCCUCAUCAAGGAUCAAGGACAAUUAGGACAGAAGAAGCUCUUUUACUUUCUCUUGCAGAACUAAGGACUAAAUUAUUCCCAAAAAAUCCUGUAUUACCAAAUGCUCAAUUUGAUAGUUUCGUUGAAGAUUAAAUAACAUUGAUAUUUACAUUAUUAAAGUGAUAAAAAAUAAUAUCUAAGAAUAUUUGAUAAAACUUUUGUUUGUAAAAUAUACUUAAUAUUUACAAAA